AAUGACGAAUCUGCUCUGAUGGAAAAUCGUGGCUUCCUGUUAUACCCACGUGUUACGCUCAAGAUUAAUAAAUUACGUUUCUUUGAAUGUGGCAAGCAGCUAGUUAGCCGGGGAGACUAUUGCGUUGUAUACGUUUUUCCCCCAGUAGUUUUUAUUACAAAUUUGUCAAACAUGUCUUCGUUUAGAAAGGCUUUAAAGUCCCAGCAAAAAAACCACAAAGAAAGAUCUCAGCCGGGUUUCAGAAAGCAUCUGGGUCAUCUUGAGAAGAAAAAGGACUACAAACUUCGUGCAGAUGACUACGCCAAGAAACAAAACACCCUUACUGCUUUGCGUAAAAAAGCCUUGGACAAGAACCCUGAUGAGUUCUACUUCAAGAUGGUCAGGUCUCAGCUAAAGGAUGGCGAACACGUGGCAAACAAGGCUAAAGGUGCGGAGGAGACGACCACGCAGGAGGAGAGGAAGCUGAUGAGGACGAAGGACCUCCGGUAUGUGGAGCUGAAGAGGGUGGCCGAGGCCAAGAAAAUUGACAGGCUGAAAUCGGAACUACAUCUUCUGGAAGCAGACGGCAAACAGAAAAACAAGCACACCUUCUUCGUGGACUCAAAGGCAGAAGUGGCAGACUUCGAUCUGGCCGCCCACCUGGAUACGGCCCCUGAACUGGUGGACAGAGUGUACAACCGGCCCACCUUCCGCACGCUGGAGAGCAGGUCCAUCCAAGGUGCAGUGGAGUUCCCCGCUAUAAAGAAGUUGGCCAAGCAGAGGAAGCUCCAGUAUAGGAUCCUGUCCCAGCGGAUAGAGAGGGAAAAGAAGUUGUUCGUCAUCAGCCAAAAGAUCCAGACCCGCAAGGACCUGCAAGAUAAGAACAAGAAGGUGAGAGUCAGCAAAGAAACGGUCAAUGCCGCCGCCGUCUACAAGUUUGAAGCUAAGAGGAAGCGAUGAGAACGCUUUAACGGCCAGCACAGGAAACGCAUCAUCAACGAACCUGUUGCCCCCUCGCCAGCCGGUCUCCAUGAGUUGAUCCUCAGGGCGUUGGAUGGUCCAGCACAGUGCUUGUGGAUAUUGUGAAAUGGCCAAGGAAUACAAUCGUUUUGGCUUAGAUUGCAGUAAAGCAAAUUAUUUGUACAUAUUUAAGGAUUUGUUUUGUUUAUAGUUAUUAAACACAUUUCUAAAGCCUCAAA